AUGGAAAACAAACAGCCCAGGGUGCUCUGCCGCCGGAAACUCGAGAUCACUAGCAUGAGUACCAAUCCAGACAAUGAAUCGCAGAGUGCUUCUUCAAGUUCACAAGAUGCACCAAAACCACAGAUUGAAACGAUUCGCUUACCCACAGUUGAGGAAAUACGGGGUCAGGACAUUUGGAACAAUUGUGCUGUUCGCAGUGUUGUUAGUGGAGCCAUGGGAGGUGGGUUGGGGUUGUUUAUGGGCCUGUUUCUCGGGGCACUAGAUAAUCCAAUAAUGCAAGAUGAAAUGACUGGAAGGCAGCAAUUUAUAUACACUGCAAAGCAGAUGGGUCGAAGGAGCUGGAAUUCCUGUAAAACUUUUGCUGUUAUGGGUUUCAUAUUCUCUGCUGCAGAAUGUGUCAUUGAGAAGGCCCGGGCCAAGCAUGAUAUCACAAAUACAGUUGUUGCGGGAUGUGUAACAGGAGGCACAAUAUCUGCUAAAGGUAACCUUGAUAUAUUGUCAUACAAAUUCCUUCUUCCAUUUGUUUUUGGGGUUCAAUAUGUCAGAGUAUGUAGAUUUUUGUCCUAG